UCCACCAAGAUCAACACCAUGGCGAGCCUCGUUACCCUCCCACCCGAAAUACGGGAGAAAAUCUUUCAGUACUAUUUCCAAGUCGACGGAGGAUAUGUUUUUGAUGGUGAUUCCGAAAAGCUUACCACCGCUGAUAACAACCCAAUCGACCUCUCUCUCAUGUACACCUGCCGCUCAGUUGCCAACGACACCAAGAACAUGCCGCUCGCUAUCAACACCAUCACCUUCUCGACACUUUACCGCGAGGAGUGGAGGGGUCUGGCUGGCUGCUUCAACUACGUCUGCACCUACUACAGCUUGCUCGAGGCGGAUUUGGUGGUACGCCUCGCUCGAUUCAUGACUCCCGAUAUGUACUCCCAGCUUGCCCUAAAAUUUCCGACACUUGUGCCACAGAUUCAAAAGGAGUCAAGGUACCACAAACAUUGUCUGGACAACUAUGAAACUGGAAGAUGGCACAGUUUCUCCGAUUCCGAGUCCGAGUCCGAGUCCGAGUCCGGCUCCGAGGGAAACCGGGAUGCCAUUUUCAGCCCCGACUCCGACUCUGAGGAAGAUAAGACUGACCCCUCCGAGGGUGGUUAUGAAUGGCGUCAUGGGCGAUAUGCACCAAGCUAUCGCUUUGGGUAUGAACAUCUGGCGCUGGCAUCCUCGAUCGAUUGUUAUGAUGGCCUCGGGUCGAUAGACCAUGGCCCUAGUGGGCAUCCUCUGAGGCCGGAGUGGGUCGGAGGCUCUUGGGCGAUUCAGGCAGCCAUGUCCUACUGCCUGCGACUCCUUGCGGAAAAGGAACCCGCUGAAUUCGCUAGAUUGGUCUUUGGGGCUCUUCCAGGAUGGAUGGGCACUUGUCCAGCUCAUGAACUUCUGGAUCUUCGGUUUGAUCCCUGGGCUAUUCCCUCGCAGCCAGAAGUAGCGAAGGCGACAAGCCGUUUCAAGGCUGAUGACGCUUGGAAGCUCUUGGAGCCCUGGUACUACACGCCAUCGAGGGCGUACAAUCCACCUAGAGUAUACGACCAAUUGCAUACACCAAGGGGUGUCCGCUGCCGAGAAAAGAUUCGGUUUUCGGCUGCCGCUACCGCCAUUCGCUUUCUUCAGCGUCUUCCAACCACUCAGCGCCUACAAAUCCGGAACUUGGUGUUAUACGAGGACCACCCGUCUGUGGGCACCCCAUCAACUCAUGUUCAGGGCUUGGCACCCUUCUUCAAGGAGAAUCCACGGCUUCGAGUUGUACGUCGUGUCAGUGUGCUGGGUUGUAUUGAGGGAAGGCUCGGUGACCCGAACCUCGCGGCUCAGUUCUUACAAGCAGAGAAGGAUGGAAGAACUGAAGACCGCAGGAACGUGGAUCUCAUAACUUUCCCUUGGAGGGUAGCUGAGUGGCUGGUCGAUGCCCUCGCCGUGACCAGUGUGGGCAUCCCCGCCGAGUCCUUCACCUUCAUCUUGGAAGCAGGCCCGCACGCCGACUUUUGCACCGACGUAUUUCAGCAGGCCAUCCACCGUGACAUCGCCUGGAAUAGGGCGUACAACGCAUGCAUCGACCGCGGCUUGGUGGUGCGUAAGCGAGGCCAAAAAGGGCAUCUCUUGAUAGACGAGGGAUUGGAGGAAGCCAUCGGGCACUUGUUGAACCAAACUUCGUUUCUUCGAAGUGAUUUCAACCCGGGUCAUCCAUGGAACUUUGAAAACCUGGUUGAGGAGACAAAACACCUCGAUUAUCUUCACUGGCAAUUGAAGUGGGCCUACCGCGAGCCUCGGAAGCUGGAAUUGCCUCCUACACUAGACAUUGCGAGGCUGUACUCCGACAACUUCGAAGUUCAGACUGAAGAGGACUAUCUCUAG